CGGUACGGUCUCCGUUCGCGCGUGAUGUGGUGAACACGUUGUGAACACGUGUGAAUGCGAGCGAAUUGUGGCAAUCGUUGGGAAUGCCGAUGUUUGGCAGAUUAUUCUGGAUUGUUCUUCAAAUGAUUCAUCGUUCGCUCUCGGUCGCCCGUUGAUAUUUUUGUUCCUCCGUGGAAGACGAACCAGGGUGUUUUUGGCGAAGGCUCCUCCUGCCUUGCGGUUUACACAUCGACAUCCUCAACGAGGACGCGAUUCGCUCGCAGUUCCAGCGCAAAGUGUUGAAUAAAAAUUCGUUGCGACACGCUUGACGCUUAAAUAAAAUUAAUCAGUGCAGCAAAUCUGUUGGGUUCAGCGCAAUCGUCGGGGGCUUGCGAUAUGCCGAAGGAGACAAAAAUUGUGAUUGUUGGAGCUGGGGCAUCUGGCAUUGCGGCUGCCUCCAGGCUGUUGAAGAGAGGAGUGAGCGACUUUGUGAUACUAGAGGCCAACGAUAGAAUUGGCGGCAGAAUAAAUACCACAAACUUUGGUGAGUAUGUGGUGGAUCUCGGCGCUGAAUGGGUCCAUGGAGAAUCUGGAAACGUGGUGUUUGAACUUGCCUCCAAACAUGAUUUGCUGAGUUCAGACACAGGUUUGCUCGAUCCCAUCAAGUAUGAAUUUGCCACUAUUAAUGGUGAAAUAAUGCCCGUGGAGGAAAGUAGGGCAGCUGUGAGUAUUCAUCGUAAUAUUCUGGAUAAAAUAAAACCGGAGGAUCUCAAAGAUGUAACGGGAUCUUAUGGAGACUACUUAAUAAGGAAGUGAGUACUUGUGUUUUUGUCCAGGAAGGAUAUGUAUUUAAAUGAUUGCAAUACGAAUUAUUUGGGAAAUAAGUUAAAGCAUGAGCAGCAUGUUCGUUUAUUUUAUUAACAUAAGAGGAAUAGGCUGCAAAAAGAUCUUGCAAGAAUUUGAAUUUAUAAUAGCCGUUCAUGAAAUUCUUGUACUUUAUAAGCCUAUAAAGUUUUUGCUCCAAAACUUUAACUUACAAUUAAAACACAAUAUUAUACCUAUAAAAAAAAAAGAUCAAUAUUAUAGAUUUUAUAGAUA